AUGUUUGGCUGGAUCAAUGAUUGCGUAGAAUGCCUGGUCUUAACCCAACAUGGCCCGGAGGCAUGGCACAAGAUCAAAGAGAAGGCUAAUUGCAAUACUCCAGAUGGUGGUUUCCUCCGUUACAAAUACUACCAUGACAAGGAGACCGUCGACCUCGUGGUGGCGGCAUCGGAAGUCCUCGGCGCCAGCGUCGAUGAUGUCUUAUACGCAUUCGGUGACUUUUUCAUCUUUUAUGUACGAGACAACGGAUAUUCCUCUGUUCUCGAAUGCCUUGGUGGAAAUCUCAGAGAUUGGUUAUCCAACCUGAACUCGCUUCAUGAUCAACUGCAAGCGGCCUAUCCAGAAGGCUUUGUCGCUCCCGUAUUCUGGAGCGAAGAUGACGACGAGGAGGAAGGUGCUAUCCUUGUUCACUACCAUUCACGCCGUGGAAGUCUAUUGGUCCCUCUCGUUGUUGGACUCAUUAAGCGGGUAGCGACAGACUAUUUUGAUAUCGACAUAAAAAUGGACCAGCUGCAGCUACAGGAUGCAGAUGGUGCCAAGAAUACUUCUUGGAGAGUGACCACUGUCGAUCCAGAAAUGGUUCACAAAAUCCGUGGCAAAAAGAGGCUAGGGGAUAAACAUAAUAACAAUGGAGGCGGACCUAGUGAUGAUCAAACCUUCAGUACCGCGCAAUCCACCAAUUACAAUGCCACAUUCAAGGAAGGAAAUCGACAAGCAUCCUACUUACGAGUGGAAGAAUUCGUCAAGCGAUCCUUUUACAAUGACAAUUCCGAACUAUUUCAUGCUUUGACUGUGGAACACUACCUCUAUCUUGUGGACUAUUGGAAACAAACGAAAAUAAAUGACAAAUGGUGCUUUGAAAUCUGGAGCAUUCAGGAUGGGGAUCCCAAGUCAUGGGCGGCUCUGGCCGAUUUGCCACCCAAACUGAACCCCAAAACCAUAGAAUCCGUGCACUUUGGUGGGAAAACACCGAAAACGGGAGCCUUUCCUCCUACCGAAGAUGGUACACUUCAGAGCUUUCCACCCAAGCUCCGAGUCAAUAACGUUUCCAGUGGUAAAUUCAUUGAUUUGACAGUGCCAGUCUCGGAAACGGCUACUCUGGAAGAAGCAUUCUACACCAAUCCCCAGGUGGAUGAAGCAAAAGUGAAGGAAUUUCCCCCGGAAAUUGAAGAGGAAAUUAAGAAUAACGAAGUUGAGAUUCAGUGCGUGAUCUGGGAUGAACGGAAAAAGGAAUCCUUUCACACCUUUGUUUUGAGUGACCUAAGCACAACAACGACCAAGCAACUCUUCGACUUGGUUCCUGUAUCGUUUGAUCCAAUUGUGAUCAAUGUUCAAACUGCCAAAGUGUUGACUGUGGAUGAUGAUGAAGAAGAUAUAUGA